AGUCUCGUCCCGUACACCAAAUAAACAUCCCUUUCCUUUACACAUUCGGUCGGUCUCAACCUUAGCCGUUGGACUUAUAAUUGUAUCUCUCUCCCUUACUUCUUCCUUCUUAAAUUAUAUUUACAGACUAUUAUCUGCGACACUAUGAGGACGUCAACUUUGGUGGCUGCUUCCGCCGGCACGGUCCUUACUGGCUUGUUGGCCUAUGCCAUUUACUUCGACCACAAGAGACAGACCGACCCCGAGUUCCGCAAAUCGCUGAAGCGAAACAACCGUCGUCUGGCAAGAGCUGUGAAGGAGGAAGCCGAGGCUCAAGGAGCUGAGGAACGGGAAUCCAUCAAGAAGUCUGUCCAGCAGGCUCAGGAUGAGGGCUUCCCGACCGACCUUGAAGAGAAGGAGGCUUACUUCAUGGGCCAAGUCGCCCGGGGAGAGUCUCUCUGUGCUGAAGGGUCAGACAAGAUUGAAGCUGCUCUGUGCUUCUACAAGGCCCUUAAGGUUUAUCCUCAGCCUAAGGACUUGAUCUCGAUAUAUGACAAGACUGUCCCCAAGGAAGUGUUGGAAAUUCUGGCUGAGAUGGUCGCCAUGGACGCCGGCCUGAAGCUGGGCACGUUCACUGGCGAAGGUGGCAGUGCUCCUGAAAGCCAUGGAGUCGAGUAAAAGAAAAACCCGACAUGACGCAUGGGAUCCGGACCCGCGCUCUGGGCACCUUGUAUCGUCCAGCCCCCUUCCGUAUAAAUAAGAACUUUGCUUGGCCUUUGGACUGUUUCUCUUAGGUUGUCGGUUCACGCUGGGCCGUGGUCCGGGCCCUUUCAACUAAUUGAUUCGAGAGAAGACCGAUCUGUCACAGUAUCAAUGUCUUCUUUUUCUUCUUCGAUACGUUCGACCUGCGAUGUGAAAGUCUCACCAUCUCCGCUUCCUGUUUCCUUUUCUUUUCCUUUCUUUUUUUCUUUUUAUUUUUUUAAACUUCCCUUGUUCCCUGUAUAUUUGCACCAUGCCCAUGUCUUGGCCGCCGGCGUGGCGGACUCUCUUGGUAUUUCUCGGCGCCAUGACUUUUUGUUUCUCGUUUUACUCAUUCGGUUAUUCACCCCCUAUUUCACCGGCCUUGGGACUUGGACGCUUCUUGGGUUACAGGCGCCGAUUAUUCCUUUUUCCCAGGUGCGUCUGGGAGUGUAUUCUAGAGAGGCAGUAGUGUAUCAACAGCGAGCAAUUCAAUGUGUGGAUUGAGAUGCACA